AUGGAUGGUCGAGGAGCAGGUAUGGAUGGUCGAGGAGCAGGUAUGGAUGGUCGAGGAGCAGGUAUGGAUGGUCGAGGAGCAGGUAUGGAAGGUCGAGGAGCAGGUAUGGAUGGUCGAGGAGCAGGUAUGGAUGGUCGAGGAGCAGGUAUGGAUGGUCGAGGAGCAGGUAUGGAUGGUCGAGGAGCAGGAAUGGAUGGUCGAGGAGCAGGUAUGGAUGGUCGAGGAGCAGGUAUGGAUGGUCGAGGGGCAGGUAUGGAAGGUCGAGGAGCAGGUAUGGAAAGUCGAGGAGCAGGUAUGGAAGGUCCAGGAGCAGGUAUGGAAGGUCGAGGAGCAG